GCACAGAACGGGAGCUCCGCAUACGGAGACGGAAACUCGUGGUUUUUUCCCACUCUCCUCCCUUCCUUGGUUACGAAAAGGAAAAAAAAAAAGCGCAGGCGGGAGAAACUGGAAGGCGCGUCCAGAAGGGAGCUACAGUAGAGCGGCGAUUGCCUGCGGUUUCACCCCCUGACUAGCGUAUUCCAUUUGGUGGAACUGCACUUCUGCAGUUUUUUGGGGUCAUGGACCAAUAUGAAGAUGUGUCAGACUGUGAAGUGGAUCACUCCUUCUUCGACAGUGAUUUUGAAGGAGAGGUUAAGAAAGAUGGAACCACAACGGAAUCAGCCAAGACAGAAAACAUUGAGCACGCACAAACAGAUGGUAAAAGUUUAAGUAAGCCUGACUUAAAGGUGGAAACUGUAGUAGAGGGAGUCUGUACUGAUGAAGAAAAGCGUGAGAAAGAGACAGAAGCUCAGACAGAGUGUACCUUAGACAAUGGUGCUGAUGAGAACGCUUUACCCUUAUUAGCGUCCCUCAAUUCAGAAAAUGCAAGUACACCUAGUAGAACUUCAGCUCAAGUUCAAAUAAUGCAUGAAGAAAGCAUUCCAACUCAAAUUCCCAAAAUAGUUAGAGAACGUGAAGAAAAUUACUAUACGGAUGAAGAAGAUAGUAGUGAUGACAACAGAAACCAGAAGGUUAGACUUAAGUUGUCUAAGCCGUCUAGUAGCUCCAAGACUGUCAAGAAAACCACAGUCAGCACUUCUUCUUCCUCUUCCUGUAGCUCUGAUAUGGAUUGUUCUGACACUGAUUCUGAUAGUUGCUUGUCAGAUUCCUCUUGCUCUUCUUCAAAAAAGAAGACUGUAGGUAGCUUUACACUUCUUUCUCCAAGACAAAAAUCGAAGCCUGGGAUAAAGGCAGUAGAAGUAAAACCAAAGCUGGGUGACUGUGCAGAGGAGUCUGAAGACACAGUGACUGAUGUCACUCCUCUGUCGACACCCGACAUCAGUCCUAUCCAGUCUUUUGAACUUGCAGCAUCCAAUGACAAGAAACUAAAGGUAAAAAGACAAGAAAAUGUGAGCCAGGAUUUAUAUGAACCUGAGAAGGAUCACAGAUGUCAUCAAAAGGUCUUGCAUGAGGCUGUGGACCUGAAUCAUCUCUUGAAAGCUUUUCUGCAGCUGGAAAAAAACGAACAACAGAAGCUGGUCUCGGAUCAGUCUUCUAUAGGAUCAAGGAAAAACUUCUCUUUCACAAAUGACGAAGUACGAGAAAUUGAUCAGGAAAACCAACGGCUGUUAAAAGAAUUAGCAAAACAUUCUGGAAAGCCCAGGAGCAAAAGUGCCUCUCUGAAGAAACCUUCAGGCCCAGCACCUAAGCUGUACCACAGUGCCAUCAACAGGCAAAAGGAACAGCAGAGGAUUGACAGAGAGAAUCUGGCUUUUUUGAAGAGACUUGAAGCAGUGAAGCCAACAGUUGGGAUGAAGCGCUCAGAGCAGUUGAUGGACUACCAGCGCCAGAUGAGCUAUCUUAAUGCUGCUCCUUCAGCCCCAAGGCGAGGAAAAUCUGCUUUAAGCCACCACAGCCCUUCUAGAGGUGCCUCACGCACAUCCAGUCACAGUGCAUCCAGUACGGCAAGCCGAAGGAGUGAAAGACCAGUGUUUGACUCCUCCAGGGGAGGCCUGCAGCGGCUGAACUCUGCUAAUGUUCAUGCGGCAUGGCUAUAAGUUAUUUGCACUCCAUCACCAGAUCUCUAAUUCCAGUGUUUCUGCAGAUUGCUGUAAUUCUUGCAAAAGUAUUGUCAUAGUCAUUGUUUGGUGGUUAAAAAGUCACUGUAAAGUGAUAAUAAAUGUGAAUGGGUACUAAACUGAAUUUUGAGCAGGCAAAAUCUCUGUUGGAUGAUAUCUUCCCAGUCUGUAUUUCCUGUAACAGAAUACAUUUAUUUGCACAGCAGAACUGUCAGAUAAAUACUGUAAAUAUUUUUCAUUAAAUCUCCAAUGACGUUUAGGUUUUGAAAAGUGGAGGAGCUGAAUAGCUGCAGUUCUGGACCAGAGGUAUUCAAAAACUACUUUUCAACUUUAAAGUUACAAUAAAAAACUUUGUUUCAUUUUGAUUUCUUACAUUGUAGCUGAUAUUUUUAAUUCAACAUAUUGAGACUUAUAUCACAAGUGUCAAAUAUGGCAUUUCACAAGGUUUUAUGGAAACAGGAGAGGUAACGUGUGCUAUUGGAAUAAUCUCUUGUUAUUUGUAAACUCUUAAAUGGUAGUUCAUAAGUGAAAGAUGCAGAGCAUGAACCAAGUCCUUCUAGCAAACUUUUGUAAGCUUCUUCAGAUCUGUAUUCCAAGAAGUAAUUUUCAUUUUUGAUCUGAUCUCCUUGUUUAAUAUUUAAUCAUUGCAGUGUUGCCACUGUGCCGGAUUUUAUCAAUGGUCUGCUGUAAUAACUGCAGUGUUCAGUAAAGAAGUUUUCCCUUUUGUGGAUUGAAUUAUCAUCUCUAAUAAUACUUUAAUGUCUGAUUAAUAAGCAUUUAAACAAUGAUGUGGAAAAGAAUGGUCUUCCUGAAACAAACUCUUUGUGGACUUGUAGCAUGACCUGUGGACAGCUUUGCCAAUCUAAUGUGUUUGCAUCGUUAUGCUGAUUGAAUCGUUAUGCUGAUUGAAUUGUUUUUAAAAUUGUCUCUUGAAUGGAACACAAGCAGCAGUUUUGUGGAUGCACUUUUUAACUGUAAGCACUUUCUAAAAAACACUUCCUUUCCUUUGAUAAAAUCUGUUACUUCCUUGAGAACAACAGUGUGUGCUAGGAGAGCCUUAUCUUAAAGUUCUGUUUGAUUGUUUAUGGGCAACAUGAAUUUUGUAUGUGAUUUCUUUUUAAAGCUUUAAGUAAAAUGUUUAAUUGAAUUAUAUCUGUACUCAGUACUGAGCUGCCUUUCUGUAAUUUAUCCAAGUAUCAUAAACAAAAUGAAAUAUA